AUGAUCAACUUUCUUUCAAGUACUUCACGAUCUAUUUGGAAUAUAUUCAAUGAUAUAAAUCCUUUAUCACUUUCUGACAAUGAAGAUAAUGAUAUUAUCAUUAAUAAAAAUCUUUAUCCAUCACUUUCCAACUAUAAUAAUAGUGUCAACUUUAAUACAAACCUUUUACUACUUGCUGAAUAUAGCAAUAAUCAUCUGUCAUUUUCCAUAUGUGAUGAUAACUUUUUAUCUUUAUCUGAAUAUGUUGAUAAUGUUGAUACAAAUAUUCUAUCGCUUUUUGAAAAUAGCAAUAACUCUGGUGAUAUAAAUGCUACUAAUUAUCAAUAUAAUCUUU